AUGGCAGUAAAAAGAGCCAGCAGCCAUGUCUCAGCCCUGGCUAGCAAAGAAUUAGCUCCCAUCCCCGUGAAACCCACAAACCCCUUCAAAAUUCCUCCAGAGAAUGAGAUAUUCCAGCUCCGUGAUGCUGAACGGCAACGCAAGAAGUCCGACAGAGAGAAGCAACGAGCAUUGCGUGUCCACGAGAAAACAACGUAUGCCCACCAGAUGCGUGCGAGAACUCUAAAAGCUCGCCAGCCGUUUGGAGAUGCGGAUCUGGAUGGCGCUGCUUUGGAGGACACCAAGGAUCAGAUAAUAGGACAAGAUGAUCCGUUACAGUUGGCAACUAGAGACAGGAACGUUGAAAAGGAGGAUCUGGCCAGCUUUGUCGCUAAAAAGCGGGAGAUGUUCCUCGUUCAGUACUCCCUGGGUGUCAAAAGGGACGAAAUGAGGAAACUCGAGGAGAUUGCUCAGGCCGAGGAGAGGAAACUCGAGAAAGCUGAACAGUUCUUAGAGGAGGAUGCCAUGAUGUUUGACGAGUUCUUGAAGGAGAACGACAAAAAUUCUGUGGAGGCCAUAAAACAAGCUGAACAGGAAACAAAAGCUAAAAUGGAAAAAGUGAGCGAAAUCAAAAAGAUUCAAGCACAGAUAACUGCUCUAAAGAGCGAAAUCAGCAAAAAUGAGGAUCAGUUGAAAGAAUAUCAGACGUAUAAGAAGUUUUUGGAAGAUCUAACACCCCCAGAAUGGAAGACAGACAGACAAAAACGAAGAGCAGCCAGAAGAGCAGACCGCAAAAAGAAGAAGGCAGAAGAACGACCAACUCCCACUACACCAUCCCAACCAACAUCCUCAGCUAAACGAACCUCAGUAUCUAAGGGAACCCCCAGAGGUUCCCUCGGAGGAAAGAGGAAACAGUCAGUCUUACCCGGUGAUGCAGAAAGUCUAGUUUCCGCUACCUCAGCAGAGGUUGCCCCUGCUGAGAGUGAUUAUGAGAGCGAUGACAGUUGCGAACUUUUCUUCGCAGAUCCUCAGCAACUCCUCAACAUAUUUGCCGAGCUCGAAGAACAGAAUCUCUCGUUGAUCCAAAACAGUCAGGAAACAGAAGAAGCUUUGGACGAGAUGAAACAAACAAUCGAGACAACUAAAGCCAAGAUGAACAAGGAGACUGAAGUUUUAAAAGCACAGAUUUCCUCUCUUGAAAGUCAGAUAACAGCAGAGGAGGAGAAAUCGAAAGAGUUGGAACACAAGAGUAAGAUGUUCAGUUAUGGUCAUUAUGAGGGCGACGGACAAGAGAAGAUGUUGGAGCUGUUGAACGAAAAGGUCGAGGAAGUCUAUAGGAGUUGUAUUGGUGACAACGAAGCUAACAUUUCAACUCUCCAAAUGUUAACAAAUAUUGAGAACAGGCUGGAGGAACUGUUCGAGCAUAUUGAGAUGAUGCCUCAGGAGAAGGUAGAACUGGCCGAGAAGGCUAAAGAGAAAGAAAGGAGGUUGAAAUUACGAGAAGAAAAGCGAGAACAACAGCGACUGCACCAAGAGGAGAGGGUAAGGAAAGCUCUGGAACGUGCAAAAGCUGAUCCUAAAGUUCAAACUGGCAAACGGCUAGUGUUCAGAUCCAAGCCUCCAGAGGUCCAGAAAAAGAAGACUGAUGUAGUGGACAAGAAAAACGAAGAGGACGAAGAGUUAGCGUACUACUUUUCUUAGAUCUUUCAUUGCAAAUAAAGAAUCGAUUACACGGUGGCUGCGAGCCUUGAUUUGACUUUAUUCAGAACAUUUAUGGGUCCACGUAUGAAGAGAGGGAGAGGUAUGAUUUUUAUGAUGUCAACAACAAAUAUAUGUUCUAUAAUCAUCACCGCCCGGCGCCCAUUAAUUUUGAUAAAAGCAGAAUGAUCAGAAUUUGUUUUAAAACGUAAGCACAACGCUCACGUGAUUUUAUUUCAAAUGCAUUUAAUACAUAUUUUGAUCACAUGCACAUGUCAGAUGUAUCAUAAGAGCUUAUAUCUUUUUAUCAGAGUAUUGAAUGUAGAUAAUCAUUGUAUAAAUCAUGUAUGUACAUAACAAAACAAUGUUGAUGA